AUGGCAUAUGUAAGCGACAAUUAUCACGAGUUGAAAGACGGCAGCUGCUUUAUGGAGGUCAGCCACGCCCCUUCCACAAGCACCGUCUACUACACGUCCGCCCCUUCACAGCCCAAUGGCACACGCAUCUUCUAUAUAGCCGCACCUGGCACCCUACCUCCGGUGGCAGAACCUGCCAAUGACUGUGCGGAAGCCGAAUUCCUUAACAUCACUUCCGAAACAGCCCAUCAACCCGUUUACCAUGAGGAUGAAGGCUACGACCAGGCCCCCGAAGAUGCACAUCAGCCAGAAAAUGCCGAAAAUCUCCCCGAGGAUAUCGAUCAACCCGCAAUCGAAGUCGUAGCCGAGGUGGUUACUAUCAACAAUGUAAAAACAGCGGCCGAGACGGCGGCCGGGCUUCGCAAAUGUAAGGUGGAAUUCAUUGGGAAUUCGACGAGAAAACGAAAGCUACAUUUCAAAUGCGAGAUCUGCCAACUCAAGACCGGACUCGCGCUAGAAGUGCCUCCGAUUGAGGACACGGAACACUUUGAACGCCUUGUUGCAACGAUAUUUCAGGAUGGAUCGCUCGGGUGGGAUUAUAAUCAGAUUUCAACGCGACUCGCUGGCUUCUCUGGGCAACAUAUAUGUGGCUUCCACGCACCGGGAUAUUGGACAUCGAAUGGAGGGCUAACAACGAAACUGCGUCCCGAAAAACGAAACUCCGAAACCAAAAAACGGAAGAAGCCGCAGCAGCAGUCCCGGGCGGUCGUCGUCCAAGAACCAACCCCUGAAGUAAAGCACUCCCCAGUUCUC